CAAUUUUUGCUAUGCUGAUUAACAACCAAUUAAUUGAUAAUUCCAAAUCACUUAUCUACUUCAUAGAAAUUUAAAUAUAUAGCACUGAAUCUGAUAACACCACUUAAACAUUCGAUUAACCGAUUGCCAUUUGUUGCAUACCUUCAGCACACCAUCACUGACGCGCAACAGCUGAUUUUGUUUGUCCUCGCCGGUUUUUUUUUAUUUUGUAGUGAGAUCAUCAAACAUACGUUGAGCUAUUUUUUAUGAUCACCAAUUUACUUAGCAGUGCGUCUUUAGUUUUAAAACGCGCAUCAUCAACCAUAAUGCCCCGUGGAAGAACCUUGCAGAACGUUGUAUCCGAGUUGGAGAAGUUUGCGCCACUUAAUUUGGCUGAAAAAUGGGAUAAUGUUGGUCUCCUAAUUGAACCACAUAAAGCCAGACCCAUACGCAACAUUCUACUAACAAAUGAUUUGACGGAACGUGUAAUGGAAGAAGCUGUUAAUGAAGGCACUGACUUGAUUGUUUCUUAUCACCCACCAAUAUUUGCACCACUGAAGCGUAUUACUCAAAAAAACUGGAAGGAGCGUAUUGUCUCGACUUGCUUAGCUGAAGGUAUUGCUUUAUACUCACCACACACUGCUUGGGAUUCGGUGCCUGGUGGAGUUAACGAUUGGCUAUCCUCUGCACUACCUUGCGUCGAUAUGCAGCCCAUAGUGCCCAACCCAUUGGGUGGUGAGUUUGGCGGUGCGGGUCGCACAUUUACCACAUCGCUGACUUUGGGUCAAGCCGUAGCUAGCGUACAGCGACACAUUGGACUCGACGUGCAUUUGUCUUUAGGUAUCAAUCACACUUUAGAGACACCAAUCACCGUGGUGGCUGUUUGUGCCGGCUCUGGCGGAUCUGUGCUAAAAGGAUUCGAGGCAGACCUAUACAUUACAGGGGAAAUGUCUCAUCACGACCUAUUGGAUGCCAGCCAUUCAAAUAUCUCAGUGAUUUUGUGUAACCAUAGUAACUCGGAGCGUGGCUUUCUGCGUAAAUUCGAGAAUAAGCUAUACGAUAUGCUCAAAGGUGAUUGUGAGGUUACAAUCUCUCAAAAGGAUACAGACCCACUAAAAACUAUCGUUAAAACUUAGGCUCGACAAUAAAAGUGUAUCUACAUAAAUGUUUGCAUUUCUUGGUGAAUCUUAUUGUAUAAAACUUUAUUUAAAUGUUGUUUUAUUAAGUUUUUAUUAUUGGUUUUUCACUAUUCAAAAUCGAACAAAAGCAACUGCAUUUCACUUACUGCCUUUAAAUAAAAUAUUUUGCAAAUG